UUAUCAACAGGAAAUAUGAAGAUCAUUUCAACGUUACUUUUAGUUGCUUUUAUGGCUAUGUCCUGGAGUUACGGGGAAGCCCAGAAUUGUAAAAAUUGUAUGGGGUCUACUGGCAAAGUUAUUUGUGGCCUCAACAUGGUCACUGGCGAAAUGGUGACCUUCCAAAAUAAAUGUUGGAUGGACCGAUACACUUGUUUGGUUGGAAUGGAGCACAGACACCUCGAUGAUGGCCUUUGUCCAGUUACUAAGUCUAUGAGCUACGGCGAAACAGAAACCUUAGACCAAGCCAAGGCAUGUUCGACUUGUUCGCGUAACUUCAAACCUCUUUGUGGUCAUGAUGAAAAAGGCAACAAAAAAACAUUUUCAAGUGCGUGUGCAUUGAACCGACACAAUUGUUUGACUGGAGACGAUUACAAAAUCCUCAAGAAAGGCUCUUGUUAUUCAGGUGAAUCAAACAAAAACCUACUUGUCAAACUGAAUUAGAGAACUUCCGAGAACUAUUUUAAUUAUGAUUGCAACAUACUUGGAACAAUAUACAACAACAGUUAGUGCAAGAAGUUAAGCAAUUUAAUUUGCAUUUACAAACCUAUUUCAAUAAAAUUAUUACCUACAAAUGCAAUAC